UAUUUGGCUUAAUUUUAUAUUUAAUGUACCUUACUUUUUAUUUUCCUAUCAACAAUAUAUUGUGCAGCCAAAAAUAAGGAAAAAAAAAACACUUGAUUAGUCAAUUAUCAUGUUGAUAACAUAAUAAUAACUUAAUAUAGAAAUGACUGCUGAUGUUGUGUUUCUGUUGUUUUAUCUACUGUUCGCGUUUUGUGUGAUAUUUCCACCAACAGAAUGUAUCUCCUUCGGUUUCACCAUACCUCAGCUGUUCUCCAGCAUCCUGGGCAGCGAACAUGAGAAUUUCAUUGAAUACCACAUGAAGAGGACUGCUUUCACACUAUUGAUUUACUCUGUCCUACCUCUGGGAUUUAUCUUUGGCACAACUUUCUUUGGUGAUGAAAAUGGGAUCCAGAAGCUGUGGUUCGUUGAUGAUUCAAUUUGGAUUAGUGUUUUGCUUUCACUUGCAAUUAUUUUACCCAUCUUGGCUUUCUUUGAGAUUGUUAGGUAUAAAUUGAGUUGGGAGAAUCAUGCCAUCGUGAAAACACUGAAGAAGUUCACCACUGGGAAUAGAGAUUGGAGGAUGAUUGCUCAAAAUAUCAAUUUCGAGUUUAGAAGUAUUGACAAGUUAUGUGUGCAGACAAAUGCAAUCAUCAAAAUUGUUGCAACUGAGAAUUGGAUUAUUAAAGUUACCCCGCUGAGUAUGUGUAUAUCACAUCAGAGCGAUUCACAGCUUUGUGUUAGACAGAGCGAUACCCACGCGUUUUCGCAUUUGUCCAAUGACGGAACACAGUUUAUUACCAUUGAAGUCCAAUCACCGCGAGUGCCUUCUUAUAAUAUUCGUCUGAACACUCUGGAUUUUAGGGAUUUGCAGGAUCGAUUGGCAGGAAUUGUACAUAUACCAGAGAAUAUAAAGAUCUUCAAGAGCGUCAUAGAGAAGUUCGUGGACGCGUUCAGGCAUGCCGUCGAACAGAAUCCCAAGUACAAAACCUCUCAGGAUUUGGAUCAUUGCUUCGGAUGCAACAUAGUUACAUCGAAUGUGAAGCUGCAGAAGCUCUGCGAAGAUUCGGGCGAGGAGCACUGCUCGAACUGUAAUUGCAGGCCGAUAUGGUGUGUGGACUGUUUGGCAAGAUGGUUUGCACAUCAGCAAGAUAUCGAGCAGACGAGCCAAUGGCUAUCGGGAAAAUGCCCGUGCCCAAUGUGCAAGAAGAGAUUUUGCCUUUUGGAUGUUUGUAUGGUUGAACAAAUAGAAUAAAGAAACGAACAUUUAAA